CUUCAGAAAAUUACAUUUUAUUUCCUGUGCAAGACCUGAAUUCAGUGUCUAAAAUUCAAUAUGGGAUCUAGUACAUUUCGUUUAGACGGUGGUGAUGAUGAUAAUAAGAGAAGCACUCAUUCUUACAGAAAUAUCAUAGUAGCAGUGUUUUUACUGUGCCUCUCAUUUGCUAUCGGACUGUUGGUUGGUCAUUUUGGAAUAGAAAAAGACUCGUCAGAAGAAGGUACAGAAAACGAUUCCGGAGUUUUCCUUCCCGGAGUACCGGAAGCGAUAGUGAGAGAAGCUAAUCCAUCUGUAAGCGACUGGAUCUUGCAGGAACUCAACCCUUCUAAUAUCAGAGAAAAUUUGAGAAAACUUGUAACGAGUCCACAUGUUGCUGGUACCGAACGAGACUUUGAACAGGCGGAUGAUAUCCGAAAAUUCUGGCUGGACGCCGGCCUUGAUGUUGCCGUAACAACGCCGUAUGAUAUACUUCUCUCCUAUCCUGAUGAUGUCGAACCCAAUCUAGUCAGUGUUAUAAAUUCAUCAUAUGAUACGGUUCUGCAGUCUCCGUUCAAUGAAGCUAAUCUUACAAAUGAAGAACGACCAUGGGAAUUUCCUUUCCCGUACCUGGGGUACUCCGGAAAUGGAACUGUUCGUGGCCAAAUCGUGUAUGUAAACUAUGGGAGACUGGAAGAUUUUGAGUAUUUACAGGCAAGCGGAAUACAUGUUUCAGGAUGCAUUGUUCUGGCAAGGUAUGGUAGAGGUGGCCGCUCCGGAAAGGUAAAAAGAGCAGAAGAUUUUGGUGCUAUCGGAAUGAUACUGUACUCCGACCCUGCCGACUACAUCGCUCCCUGGGUGACAGACGAUUACUAUCCUGACUCCGUUUGGAUACCACCCACAGCAACGUCACGUGGUAGCAUUUUUAGAGGUACAGGGGAUCCUCUCACUCCCGGAUAUCCUGCCAUAGCCUCAGCAUACAGAUAUGACGAGUCAGACGAAGAGUCCGAACUACCCAAGAUUCCGGCGAUGCCAGUAGGAUUCGAAUUUGCAGAACAACUACUUGGGAUGAUCAGUGGACCUGAUGCGCCACCGGACUGGACGGGUAGGCUUCUGAACCAAACUACGUACAAAACUGGCCCAGGAUUUACAGACUCUUCACUAGUUUUAGAAUUGAAUGUGAAUACACGAAAUGAAAGAAGAGUUGCAUACAAUGCCUUUGGAAUGAUAAGGGGCGAAGUGGAACCAGACCGCUAUGUAAUGCUUGGCAAUCAUAGGGAUUCGUGGGUUCUGGGUGCUGUAGAUCCUUCCAGCGGUACAGCUACAAUGAUGGAAUUAUCCAGGGUGCUCGGUCAACUUGUCAAGGAAGGUAGGUGGAGGCCCCGACGUUCCAUCAUCUUCUGUAGCUGGGGAGCGGAGGAGUUUGGACUUAUUGGCUCUACGGAGUGGAUUGAAGAGAACAGUAAUGUAUUAGACUUCCGGUCAGUUGCCUAUAUUAACAUGGACAUUGCGGUUACAGGGAAUUAUUCGAUUCGUGGUCGUGGAAGUCCCCCUGUUUUCACAGCCAUGUAUCGUGCCGCACAAAAGGUGCCUAAUCCAAACACGACUGACAUUGAAAACCCUACGGUUUAUGACGCAUGGUAUUCCAGAAAACCACUCACGAACCCGCAAGAUGGAUCCAAGCUCAAUAUUCCUCAGAUAGUCUCGCCAGGUGGCGGUAGUGACUAUGGAACGUUUCAGAUGCGAGCAGGGAUAACAUGUGCUGAUUUUCGUUAUGAUCAGGACUACUCUGGGGAGAAUAUCCUAUUUUAUCCACUCUAUCAUACAAGCUACGAGACGUUCUAUGCGGUGGAUGAACUCAUAGAUCCAGGUUUUGUUCUUCAUACCACUAUAGGUAAAAUGUCUGGAGAACUUCUUAGAGACCUUGCCGACUCCAAGAUCAUUCCAUUCAACAUGUCAGACUAUGGGCUAUUUCUAGACCACUAUACAUACGCUCUGGAGAAGAAUGCAACUAAAGAAAUUAUUGACUAUAAGCUCAACAUCACUGAGUUACACAUGGUAAUUGAUUUGUAUAAAGAAGAGGCGAGCAAUUUCCAUAAAAUGGUCGAUGGCAUAAAUACUAACAAUCCUGUUGAUGUGCGGACGAUCAAUGAUCAGAUGAUUCAAAUAGAAAGAACAUUCCUGGACCCAGCAAGUUUACCAGGACGGUCACAAAUUUACAGGCAUUUAAUUCACUCGACACCACAGUAUAGUGCAUUCCCUGAAGCCAGCUUUCCAGGAAUAGAAGACGCUAUUUUCAAGUUGAGGAGGGAAGGCAACAACCAACCCGACCUGAUACGUGAACUCCAACAUCAUUUCUCAGUCCUUGUCUUCACCAUACAGUCUGCUGCUUACAGUCUCAAAGAUUCUACUGCAUUCUUUAGAAGCACCAUGUAAAGAUUCAUACCUUCAUGAUUUAGAGUAUUGAAUGGUUUGAUUGAAUGUAAACCAUUUGUUGUACAAUUCUCCGAGAAAAAAAAAGAAAGAAGAAAAACCCAACAAAAAACAAAACAAUAAUGGUAUGACAUUCUGGGUCCGAAUUCGUCAAUAUUUAAUUUCGAAAGUUAGACAAAUAUUCAGUUUGCCAAAACUUCAUCCAUAUCCAAUUCCUACAGCUGAAAAUUUCUGAGCAAUCAUUACUCGAAGAUAGCAGAUUUCUGAAAAGUUUAAUUGCAAGCUUUGUGUCUUAGACGAUAACAGAUCAAGAUGGGAAGUUAGCAUUUUCAAGUCUAAGUUUCAGACCUCAAACGUUAAUGAAUACGGGCCCCGACUUCCAUAAAGAAUAAUUUAUAUUUGAUUGAAAUUGCAUUGUACAUUUACAACUGUAUUGUAGUUAUUAUAUGAACUAUUUGAAAGACGGUUGAGUUCUGGUCAACCCGGGGCUAGUUGGUGUGGACGGUAAGAUGCGUUUCCAUUGGCUCCAUCUACCCGAGCCUGUAAGAUUUUCGUUUUUGUCGUGUUGAGCAACCUUUUGAGUUUCAACUCCUUCUAUUGUAUACAUUUCUCAUUUAUUUAAUAAGUGAGACAAACAGUACAUCACAUCUUACAAAUAAUUGAUUAAAAUCACUUGAGAAAUUGGUUUCAAAAUUUAUUGUUCUAGGAAACUACAACAUAAUAUUGAAAUACUACAUUUUGUUACAUUCAGUAUAUUAUAUUCCCUGUGUUGAUAAUAAAACACGUAUGUGAAAUAAACAUUACGUAAUGCUGUUAAAAGAUAACGUGAGAAUGAAAUUAAAAAAAGAGCUUAUU